AUGAGCCAAAAACAUAUAGAGCGAGUUCAUCAGCUCAUACCAAAUGUGGACCUCAAGGUGAUUUCACAAGGUGCAGAAGCACUUGUCCUUCAAACCAAAACUCAUCCAUAUUCAACCCAUCCCUAUUUGAAAAAUCAAAAUCAAUUCAUUAUAAAAUACAGACCUCCAAAGCCUUAUAGACACCCCAAGAUUGAUACACAAAUCACUAAAACACGGACUGCUGGGGAGGCUAAAUUCAUGUACAAAUUGAGUAAGUUGGGUCUUGCGUGUCCCGCUUUAAUAUCCUGUGAUUUGAACAAUGGAAUCAUUUGGAUGGAGAAUUUGGGUAUCGAUUUACCAAAUGGGAGUGUCAGUUCGGUUAAGAACUGGCUAUGGUAUCUUGAAAAAAAACAAGACGAAACUGGAUGUACAAACGGUCGAGUGAAGGAAGUUUGUUACAAAGUUGGGCAAUUGAUAGGAAGGUUGCAUCUUGCAGAUAUGAUUCAUGGUGAUUUGACAACAUCAAAUUUGAUUUUGACGGGGAGGGAGGAGUCAUGGGAGCCUGCAUUGAUAGACUUUGGACUUUCAUCAUUUUCAGCUUUAGCGGAAGAUAAGGCUGUAGAUUUAUACGUCCUUGAAAGAUCAGUGACAAGUACACAUUCGGUAUUUGCUACUUUGUACAAUGCUUGGCUAUUGGAGGGAUACGAGUCUGCUCAUGAAUUGAAAGAAUAUAAAAAAUUUGGUAGAAGCAAGUACACCGAAACUAUGAAAAGGUUGGAGGAGGUGAGACUUCGAGGCAGAAAGAGAAGCAUGUUAGGCCUGCGUAUUAUCGUUACUCGCCACUCAGUGGAUAAAAUGAAAAUGUUCACAAUUAUGACGAGUAGUAAACCAGUCCCAGUUGCAAAUGCAACUAACCAAUUGGUCCCGGAUCACUCCAAGUCCGAGACUAAUGAUGAUCACCACCACCACCACCACCACCAUCACCACCAUCACCACCACCACCAAGACCAAAACCACCAUGUAAACAACGAAAUUCAAAAUGAGAAAGUUUUCGAGCAACACAUCACCUCGAAUUCGAAAACUGAGAUGAUUGAAGUUCCCGUUGAUAACAAGGUUCAAUUUGGAUUGCAGGAUGAAUGCAACAUUCCGGCAAGAGACGAAUCUGAUGAGUCAAAAAUUUGUUUUGAAACACCAUUGAGUUGCACAAAAGACGCACCAGAUGAAAAGAUCACCAGCUCCGAAGCCCCAUUAAGUGUGACAGGGGAUAAGCUGGACGAGCCGGAAGUACCUGUUCCUGUCGAUGUUGAACAGCGAGAAAUCCCGACCGAGAAAAAGUCUCCUCCUGAAUUGGAAAAAAGUGAGGGUGAACAGCACUUGAAGUCAGUCGACAACAACAACAACAACAACAACAACAGCAAUGAGAAUGAAAAUGUUGCUGAUUGUAAAGAGACGUGCUUGGCUCCUCCUGAAACUGUCCCUGUUGCAAGUGACUUGAAACUGAAAGCCAAAUGGAAGGCAAGGUUGAGUCAGAAAUGGUCCAAGAUUGGAUCUGCUAUGAAGUCCAAAGCCGAGGACAAGCAGACUGCGAACUGUGAGACCAGAGGGACAGACAAUUCGGAGAAGCCUCCCUUCAAGGACAAGUUGAGGUCAUUGUUUGGGAAAAAGCGCAUGAGAUUUGAAACCACGGGUGAAGUAGUGGUUUUGUUUGAUGCCGACGACUACAAAGAUGAAGAUCAAGAGUUGUUUGUAGUCGAUGAUGAGGCUGAAGAGUGUUGUACUGCAACCAACACCACCCGCGUUGAUGACCCAGGAGCGAAUUCGAACUCGGGAGCUAUUGAAUUGCCAAUCGAAAAUCGUGAUAGCAAUGAAGUUACUGGUACUGUUGUCGAAGGCAAUAAUGAGAAUGCUCAGCACGAGGUUGAAGCUUCGCCACUGGUGUCAACUUGUCUGAAAGCUGAACUUGAAUUGAAGGCAGUUAAGGAGGAGUUGGCUUUGACGAAAGAGAUCCUAGAGUUGACUAGGCAGGAAUUGAGAUUGACGAGAGAAGAUUUAGAAUUGACAAGGAUUAAAGCUGAAGCUGUUGGUUCUGAAACAAAACCUGCCUGUCUUGAGAGACAAGUUGCUGCUCCUGAAAGCGAAGCUGCUGCUCCUGAAAGUGAGAUUCCUGAAUUGAUAACUGUUCCCCCUCCACCAAGACCUGCUACCCAAGACAUUCCAAUGAAGGGUAAGAAUGCCAGACUCAAGAGGAUUUGGAGCAAGGUAAAGAAGCCUUUCAAGAAGCGUGCUCGUGUUGCUGACGCCACUGUGAAUGCCCAGGAUUGUGAUGACGAUUUGUUGUCUCCUUAUGCUGGCCAUGAGUUGAAUCAUCCUCAUUCUGAACACGCUAUGAUCUCCCCUGCAAUUGACACUGCAGAAGCUGGUUGUGAAAAUGAAGGUGCAACCGCAGAUGUGUCCGAUGUUUGCAAGAAAGGCAAACGCAAGGGUAGACAGAAGAGAAAGCGUACUGACAAACCAGGCGAGGAAGAGAUGCCAGCUGAAAGUGGGUCGGCAAGUGAAUUCGAAGAAAUCGACCUUCUGGAGCCGCAGACUGGAAACAGCCAGCUCGGAAACAAUGGCACCGGGGUUCAGGAUACUGGACAAGAAUGGAGGACAAAGCACAUUGAUACUCCUUGUGAAGUUGACGAGUCCAGCAGUGUGGCGUGGUUGUUUGAACGUACUGCACCAGCACCGGAGAGAUAUGAACGGCGUGUCUGGAUGAUGGACUCGGAGAGAGGAUGUAUCAGUGUUGAUGACGAUGAAGUUGAACAAGCAGAAUUCAUCGGCCCAACUUGA